CUCCCUCCAUUGUAUUGGAAUGUCUCGCCAACCGUCCAUGCAUUGAAAUCCAGUGGCUGACAAUCCACCAUACGAACCUUCUCGAACCUCCUUCGGAACCUAUAUGUAAAGAGAGACGCUCCAAAGCAUCUCUCUUUACUGUGCUUCUUCUCUCGUUUCAGUGAGAGUGAACAAUGGCCGGAAAUGGAGGGGCUCCGGUGAUCGGAAUCGAUCUCGGCACGACGUUCUCGUGCGUCGGAGUGUGGCAGUACGACCGUGUUGAAAUCAUUGCGAAUGAUCAGGGCAACAGAACGACGCCAUCUUACGUUGCUUUCACUAAUACGGAGCGGUUGAUAGGAGAUGCUGCAAAGAACCAGGUCGCUAUGAACCCUGUCAACACUGUGUUUGAUGCAAAGCGUCUGAUUGGUCGGAGGUUCAGUGAUGCCUCAAUUCAGGAUGAUAUAAAACUCUGGCCGUUCAAGGUCAUUGGUGGAAUUGGUGACAAACCCACAAUUGUGGUCACUUACAAAGAAGAAGAGAAAAAGUUUACCGCUGAAGAGAUUUCAUCUAUGGUCCUCUCAAAGAUGCGUGACAUUGCUGAAGUCUACCUUGGUUUAGAAGUGGAUAAGGCAGUUGUCACUGUCCCUGCUUACUUCAGUGACUCUCAGCGCCAGGCAACAAGGGAUGCUGGGGCUAUUGCUGGUCUUGAUGUCGUGCGCAUCAUCAAUGAACCCACUGCUGCUGCCAUUGCCUAUGGCCUUGACAAGAAGGGAGGGGGUGGUGGCGAGAAGAAUGUCCUUAUCUUUGAUCUUGGAGGUGGCACUUUUGAUGUCUCCCUUCUCAAAAUAGAGGAAGGUCUAUUUGAAGUGAGGGCCACUGCUGGAGACACCCAUCUUGGAGGAGAGGAUUUUGACAACCGUAUGGUGAACUAUUUUGUACAGGAAUUCAAGAGGAAGCACAAGAUGGACAUUAGUGGAAACCCCAGAGCACUUGAGAGGUUGAGAACUGCUUGCGAAAGAGCAAAGAGGACCCUCUCAUCCACAGCUCAGACGAGCAUUGAGAUUGACUCCUUAUAUGAAGGUGUUGAUUUCUACACAACCAUCACUCGUGCUAGAUUUGAAGAUCUCAACAUGAACCUCUUUAGAAAGUGCAUGGAGCCUGUGGAUAAGUGUUUGAGGGAUUCUAAGAUAGGCAAAAGCAGUGUCCAAGAUGUUGUCCUUGUUGGUGGUUCUACUAGAAUUCCAAAGGUGCAGCAAAUGUUGCAAGACUUCUUUAAUGGAAAGGAGCUUUGCAAGAGCAUUAACCCAGAUGAAGCUGUUGCUUAUGGCGCUGCUGUCCAGGGUGCCAUCUUAAGUGGAGAAGGUAAUAAAAAGGUACAGGAUCUGCUGCUCUUGGAUGUUACUCCUCUGUCCCUUGGGUUGGAGACUGCUGGAGGUGUGAUGACUGUACUGAUUCCGAGGAACACCACUAUUCCAACCAAGAAGGAGCAGGACUUUUCUACCUACUCAGACAACCAAACUAGUGCUGCCGUCCCAGUGGUUGAGGAAGUUGAUUAAGUCAGGCUAGCAUUCUGUUUGGGAACUUUUAACCUGAUUCAUCCUUUUGUUGAUAGAUUGAUGCAUGUCUAGUCUGGUGGAUUCUAUAUACGCAAAUACUUGUUGUUUGAAACACUGUUGAGUUCAGUAGAUUAUAUAUGCAGUUUACAAUACCA